AUGGCUUCGACACUGCCAUAUCGACCGUCAAAUGACUCCCUCUCUACCUCCAAUCCUAAGAACAAUGGCCUCCCUCGACUUUCUCCCUCGCCUUCUUUUUUGGGCCGCUCGCCAAGCGUCUCCCAGAUGUCCUUUCGACGCACAUCGACCGAGAAUGCGGCGGGGUACAAGCAGCGCCGAUGCAAGUCACAAUACCCACUAGACUCGUCGGAGCGCCAUGUGGAGUAUAUUCUAGUGGCGUCUUUCCAUAUUGAUCGGGGUCCGAUCAUGGAGCACCAGUAUCCUGCAGCGAUCAGUGGUGACGAGAGCAUGUUGGCAGAGCUGAUGCUCCCCGACCAAACGCACGUACGAAGUCAGGACUGGACGAUUUUCUUCUUGCAUAAAGAUACGAGCGGUGAAGAAGAGGAAGAGACAGAAGACGGAAAGAAAACGAAGAAGCGCAAAUCUAAAUAUCAUGCGAACGAGGAAGCCGCCCAUCUGCAAGAUCAGCCAGACUCGGAUUCGGAGGGGGACAGCAGUGACGAUGAGGAGGGCGGAGAAGGUCCACCACUGAUGUAUGUCCUGAACUUAGUGAAUACCAAGCAGGAUAAUACAGUUCGGAGAGGUGCAGUCGUUAAGGCGAUGGCAAUUUGUACAAGGCAUUCAUUUCUGCAUAUUUACAAGCCGCUCCUUCUCCUCGCCCUUGAAGACUACUUCAAAUCGCCCUAUCCCGAGACCCUCGCUACCCUCUACGAUGCCGUGAACUCCAUGGACCUCUCUUUGAUGCCCAAAAUGACCCUAUUGGAACGUCACAUUUUACAGUCUAGCAAUACCAAGGAAAUGUUUAUUGAAAAGUUUGAACAAAUGGUGCGCCAGCGGGAAGAAGAGGAGGCCGAAAAUGAAGAUGUCCCCCCAUCACCCAAGAAACUGAGUCGAUACGUUCUCCCACGGGAUACCCACGAGUUUGAGUCGAAGGUGGUCUAUAACGACAUACCCAUUCCUGUCAAGAUUCCCACUGUUAUUUGGCCCGAGACCGUGGGUGACUUUUCCCUCGUCAAGCUUAUUCAAACUUUCGCCGGGCCCCAUGCUACUUCUCCCCAACCUUUCCCAAUCCACCCUCAUUUGACCACCAGUGGCCCACUCACCCAUCCAGUGAUUGUUCUUGUCAAUGCCAUUCUCACCCAGAAGAGGGUGGUCUUCCUGGGACACAACCGCCCAUCGGGGGAAGUGGCCGAGGCAGUCCUUGCGGCAUGUGCACUUGCAUCUGGCGGUGUACUGCGUGGAUUCACUCGUCAUGCCUUCCCUUAUACUGAUCUCACCAAAAUCGAUGAUCUUCUCAAUGUUCCCGGUUUUAUUGCUGGUGUCACUAACCCGACUUUUGCGAAUCACCCAGAAUGGUGGGAUGUGUUGUGUGACUUACCGACGGGUCGAAUGAAGAUCUCCAGCCAUGUUGAGCCUGCCCCGGUAACAGAGGGGCUUCUGUUCUUCCAACAACAGAGUUCCCUCUUGCCUAGCCAGCCUUCGAGUACCAAUCAGGAUCCCACUGGGGACAAUUUGUUCAUUGAGGAUAUCUUGCGCAGCAUCAGCCAACGCCACGGUGAAAAUGCGAUCCGGGCGAAAUGGCGCGCCUACAUUAUGAAGUUUGUCCGGGUCGCUGCUGCUUUCGAGGAAGCAGUCUAUGGAGCCUCCAAUCUCUACGUUCUCGGCCCUGACGAGGAGUUGUCUCCUGACAGUCCUACGGGUCAGCAAACGGAUGCCUUGGACCCAUCAUCCCUUCGGGGCCACGGAUACGUUUGGCCGGACGAGUUUGCCAAACAACGUGAGCUUUCUGCGUCUGUUUCCCGGAUUGAGGGUUGGCGAAACACACGAUCAUAUUAUUCUUACAUUCAAGACAUUGCGACCAUGUACUAUCCUACGCGCCCUAUUCAGCGACCUGACCUGCAUCACCACCACGACCGACUACGAUCUUUGAAGCUAUCUCAUGCGGAGGCGGGUGCCAUCUACCUGGCUCUCUCUCAUGCCGUGAAGGACUAUAUUGGCAUUUGUCAACUGCUGGCAGUUGCUCCGGAGAACCAGGCUGGCCUGUUCUACCUCAGUAUGGGCCUUUUCCAUCCGGACCAGGUCGUCCGCGAAGCGACAUACGACUUACUCGAACGUAUUGGAGCUCACCCGGCUGGCCGACAUUUCUGGUCUCAUCUUAGCCGAUUCGCGAAGCUGGCUUAUUUCCGUGUGAAGCGAGAUCGUGACGCCGCACAAAGUCCUAUCUCCGCCCCUGUCUCCGGUGCUGGCUCCGGUGCGAGCUCUCCUACCAAUGGAACUAGCUUUGGUGGUGAACCGCAGAGUCUUGUCGGCGUUGCUCUUGGAGACAGCUUUAAACGCCAGAGCUGA